UGCGCGCCAAAUUGGGCAGGUCCGGGCAACUCGGGGCUGUGCUGGUCUCCUAGCAACUUGGGAAGCCGUGGGAGAAACUUGCCACACAAGACUGGGCAGUGCCAUGGCGGAGUGUGGGCAGCGGCUCCAGCCCACGACCCUGGCUCCUAGACUGCUGAGGGAGCGCCAGAACUGCGGGUGGUACCUCGGGAACCUGCCUCCCAAGCGUUUCAUAAGGCGGAACCGGCUGACAUGCCAGGGCUUCUUGAACAGCCGGCACUGGGUGUUUGUGAAAGAGGAUAACUUCAGGAAAGACUGCCCCCCGCACCAGAGCCCCAAGGAUGCCUUUCUACCUCUUAUUCAUCGCGGAGCCCCCAGUGCUACCCCAGAGAAGAGGCAGAGCACACUGCUCAAGGGGGCAACGCUGUUGUCUAAGCUUUCGAAAGCUGGGAAGGCAUUCCUGGAGGAUGUGGAAGCUGAGGCGGCUCAGCACCCGCUGACUCUCUACCCACAACUUACAGAAGCUCUGCCUGCUGAGCUCUUAUUGCAGGUGCUGGAGGUACUGGACCCUGAGAGGAAGCUGGAGGAUGUGUGGGCUUAUUGCCAGGAUACCAGGAAGCCAAUGAAGGAACCCACAGAGCUUGUAGGAAAACGCUCUUCCCAAGAACGCCCGCCUAAGAAGACGCUGAUCUCACGUUCAGGCCAGUGGCUUUGUGAAGAAAAGUCAAGCAAAGUGGAUUCACUCUAUAAAGACAGACUCCUCCAUGAUGACGUACACAGAGGAGUCACCGACUUCUGCCACUGGGCCGAGGACCUUGGAAGCUCUGCCAUUGAGGAAGAGUUCGUCCUGCAGCAGUUUGACAUCGGCUAUCAGACUAGACGCAGCUGUGAUGCGCUUCUCAGGCUGAGGCUGAACCAGGACAAACUCUUCAUCAAUAGACCACCUUCCCUGCGAGAACACUGUGGGCACUGGAGUGAACCUCGGUCCUCUGGAAGAGCAAAUCCUCAGAAGCCGAAGCGGGUAAAGAUGAGGUACGGAGCCUGGUACCUGAACACCAGCUUGUGGAAGAGGCAAAGAGCGGAUGAACCUCUGGUCGACCCCAUGGUCUCACACAAAGCUCAAGAUUCAACCUUUAAAGAGCAGCUUCAGGAGCAGUUCCUUGAGAAGAUAUAUGCGGAGGAGAAAAAUAAAUCUGAAAAUAUUAAGGCUCCUAAAAAACUCACGCAAACAGAGAAGAAUCCCGGGAGCAGAUGAGUCGGCUUUGAUUGACAGCAUCCUUGGAUACUGCCCCAUUAGUUUAAUUAAUAAGUAGAAUAUAGCAGUGCCCUCCGUGAAGGCUUCAACCUGGCAGCAUCUACAAAUAUAAAACUGAACACAAAUGUCUUUCUAAACAGCUUUUUAAAGGCUUUAGGGUUUUUUUGUAGUAUUUUUAGUUAUGUACAGCUGUGUAUGUCUGCAUGUGGGUAGGUGCACACAAGUCUAGGAGCCUUCAGAAGCCUGAAGCGUUGAAUGCCCUGGAGCCGCAGUUACAGAGGGUUGUGAGCCACCAUGUGGGUGCUGGGAACUGAACCUUGGUCCUCUCGACGAACAGUGAGCUGUCCCGAUGGCUGAUCCAUCUCUCCAGCCUCCACUGAUCAAUGUUUUGUUUGCUUGUUUGUUUGGUUUGGGGGUUUGGCCUUCUUUAGGGAGAGUCUUGCUAUGUGGCCUAGGCUGACCUCUAAUUAGUCAUCCCCCUGUGUUAGCCUCUCAGGGUCUAGAGUUGCAGCUCUGCACCAACACACCUGGUGCACAAAAUAAUACAUUUUGUAUAUUUACCAACUAUGGGCUCAAUAUUCGUGUGUAGUCCUCUCACGCUUUCGUGUUAUGAAGAUGCCAUAAAUGAUUGAUUUCUUGUAAAAAUAAAAUCAUAGGCAAAGUCACAAUUA